AUGUCGCAGUACCCUGACGACGAUUAUCGACCCCGCCGCGGCCGUGGCCAUGACGACGGCGGUGGCUACCCACCUCCACCAGCUUACCCUACUGCCACCGGCGGUGGUGACGAUUACGGCUCGAACAGUGGGAGACGCGACCAGCGAUAUCCUCCCGACCAGGGCAAUCGGCCACCACCACCACCUGGAGGUCCACCCGGAGAAACACUUCCACCACCACCCAUGGGUGACGCCUUGAAUGAUGGUAAGCGUAGUGCUAUGAAGCGCGAGGGUAGUAGAUCUCGUGUGCCGCAGCAUUUGCGGCCGGAGUUUCCUGACGAAGCCUCCUACCUAGGCUCGACUGCGCCUGAUCUCGAGAGGAAGAAUAGGCGCAAGGAUAAGGAGUUUCGGGAUAGGCGUGAUGGCUACGAAAGUGAGGAAGGAGAGUCCUUAAGGCGGGCCAAGCCACCGAGGCGUGACGAAGAUGAUCGCGAAGAUCGAGAUCGCCGUGCUAGGAGGUUCAGAGACGAUAGGGAUGCUUAUCAAGACAACGGACCAUCAAAACGAUCCAAGGACAGACGCGAUGACCCACCACCGUACGCCGAUCGUGACCGGGACCGUGACUACGACGACAGAGCUCCACCGCGGCGCCGUCGAGACAAGGAGCGCGACCGGUAUGACGACGAUUACGAUGAUGACCAUCCGCCUCGCAGAAGAGGCGGCGGAGACAAAUCAGUAGAGUACGGCUCAGACCCUGUCCCAGUCCGUCGCAGGAACACAGAUGCCGGCCGCUCUCGAGCAGAAAAGGACAAGCCUCGCCGACGCAAGGAUUAUGAUGACUAUUCGAGUGAUGAUGACGACCGCCGACAGCCUUCAAGGAGACACCGUAGUGAGGAAGACCCCGACAGAAGACGCCGACCACGCGACAAAUACGAUGAUGACGGACGCUCAUAUGACCCCGAUCCGCGCGACCGCGACCAACGCCGUAGACGUCAAGAUAUCUACGAUCGGGACCAGGAAGAUCGCCGGCGCGACAAGAGCCGCAGAAGGUACUCAGAUGACGAUUAUGAUGACUACGACAGGCGCGAUAGGCGCGGAGGUCGGGAUGGCAGAGAUGGAGGCCGCCAAAAGCCACCACGGGAGAUGAAGAUUGGAAACUACGACAUCGGUCCUCUGAUUGAUACUGGCAAGAAACACUAUGGCACGGUAGCUCCAAUCGUGACACCAUUCUUGAUCAAUGCUGCGAAGAAGUACAUGACGAAAUGA